AUGGGCUUGGGGCAAGGAGACCUGGUGUUGCGAGACCAGUUCAUCCUGGGCCUUAAAGAAGGACCAGUACGGCAAGAGCUUUGUCGGCAGGUACGAAAAGCCCCCCAGCUCACCUUCGAUUGGAGGAUGAACAAGGACAGCAAUGGCCUGCUUUCGAGUGUACAGCACAGGUUCCAGAGGCUGGCGACUGUCUCGGCCGUCGACCCUGACGCGGUGCGGGAUGGGAAGGAGCUCUCCAUUCUGAAUGUGGGUCCUGGAGUCGUGGAGGUUAAUCUGGUCGACACUGCUGAUCCGGACAAACCAGAGGUGAAUGAGACAACUAAUGCCCUUCCCCUCUCUAAAGGAGAUGGACUCACAGAUGAUGAGCAAAGACAAUUGAAUGAACUACUGCGAAGAUGGAGUCAUGUGUUCUCGAUACACGAGGAAGACUAUGGACGAACGGGGGCUGUGAAACACCAGAUUCCCACAGGUGACUCUAACCCCAUUCGUGAGCGAGACUUCCCAGAGCAUCUCCAACACCUGGAGGCAGUAUUCCGCUCCCUGGGGCAGUAUGGCCUUAAGCUCCGCCCAGAGAAGUGCCAGCUUUUCCAGAGGCAGGUCAAGUUUCUAGUACAUGUCGUCAGUAGCCAGGGAGUUUCGGCAGAUCCAGACAAGACUGCCUGCUCCCCCAGACCGGGAAUUGGCCGGAGAGGAGAGACUGGUUGGGGCAGUAGACUAUGUCUAUGGACUCUCCGCCCAAUAGCUGGAGGUGGGACCCAGAGCGCUGGAGAAGUCUACAAAAUGAAGACCCCGACUUACAAAGCAUAA